ACUCAGGAGCAUUUAAAAGCUGAAUAUGAUAUUAACAUCCAACGCAAGCUCACUACAUCAAAGAGUUGAGUAGAACUUUACUGUGUCUCUUCUUCUUCUAAACACAUGGAUAAAAACUUUGAAGAGGAGACUAUUUGUUACUACAAUCCAAAGACAGUGAAAAAGUUCCAACAAAGUGAAGAAAAAGAGAAAAAACGUAAAAAGAUAGUCAAAGUUUUUAUAGAAUAUGGAUCUUCUUGAGGCUACUUUGGCCGUUACAUGGAAUAUGCAACCUAUAUCAGGAAGACAGUUCCAUCGGCCGAAGUUACCGGAAAGAAAGGACGUAGAAAUUGUUUUGAAAUCAAAGUUAAUAAUGAAGAAAUUUUUUCAAAGUUAAAACAAGAAGGAUUUCCGAAAGCAAGACAGCUAAUCAAAGAGAUAAAGAAUGCUAGAGAAGGACAACAACCAAAACAAAUUGAAAAGAAAGAUUAUAAUUCCGCUUGUACUAUACUAUAAAUAAAAAGUAUUUAUAAGUUGGAAUAUAAACUACAGGGGGAGCAUAGAAUAGAAGAACAAUAGUAUCUGGGGGUCUAUGGUCUAACUGAUGUCAAAUUUAUUCGAUAAAAAAGCGCUGGUCGCACUUGCAAACUUUCAUGUUGCUGAGUCCACUGAAUUCUAUUUUCUUGUCUUGGUUAUAUAGUAAGUGAUUAGUGUUAUUAGCUAGGGAUGUACAUUACUGUAAAAAAUAUGCAAAAUGAAAACGAAAAGAUAUUUAUUAUAAAAAAUAUAUUUGUAAAUAUUUAGAUAUUUUUUAUUAUUUUAUACAAUACUUGUUAUUUUUCUUUGUUAUAUUUUAUCAUUUUUAAGAGCGAUGUUUGUGAUGAGCUGCGACUUAAUCAUAUUUUGAUGUUGCAGCUUUGAUGAUGAUUUUACAUCUUCUGAAAUGAUAAUAAAAAGAAAAGCAAACAAGA